AUGUUCUCUGCAACCUCAAGACAAGUAGCUCGAUCGGCAGUGAGGCAGCAAUGCCGUGCCUUCAGCUCCACACCUUCAGUCGGUGCCGCCGCCGAGGUCAAGAAGUUGGGUGUCAUUGGAGCUGGUCAGAUGGGUCUCGGCAUAGCUCUUGUAGCCGCACAAAAGGCUAGGGUAUCUGUCAGUUUGAUUGACAGUUCGCAAGCCUCGAUCGACAAAGGCCUGAAGUUUGCAGAGAAGCUGCUCGCCAAAGAUGUAGGAAAAGGGAGGUUGUCUCAGGAGGACGCGGAUGCUGCACGGGGACGAUUGACCACCAGCACUCAGCUUGGGGACCUGUCAGAUGUCGACUUUGUGAUUGAGGCUGUUCCCGAGAUACCAGACCUCAAGAGCAAGAUCUUCUCGCAGCUGGCACAAAUCUGCCCUUCCCACACUAUCCUGGCGACCAACACGUCGUCCAUUUCCAUCACCAAGAUCGCUGCCAGCACAAGCAAGGACCCCACUGACCUGUCCGCCUCUUCGCGUGUAAUCAGCACCCACUUCAUGAACCCUGUUCCCAUUCAGAAAGGUGUCGAAAUCAUCACAGGCCUUCAGACCUCGCAAGACACCGUCGACACCGCGAUAGCUUUCUGCGAGAAGAUGGGGAAGAUUGCAUCGCAGUCAGCCGAUUCGCCAGGCUUCCUCGCAAAUCGCAUCCUUAUGCCCUACAUCAACGAAGCUAUCAUCUGCUUGGAGACGGGCGUAGGGAAGAAGGAAGAUAUCGACAGCAUUAUGAAGAACGGCACAAAUGUACCAAUGGGCCCAUUGCAGCUUGCUGACUUCAUCGGUAUCGACACAUGUCUGGCGAUCAUGCAGGUGCUGUACAACGACACUGGCGAUUCGAAGUACAGACCUGCAGUUCUGUUGAAGAAGAUGGUGGAUGCAGGCUGGCUUGGAAAGAAGAGCGGAAAGGGCUUCUACGAUUAUUAA